CACUCUGAUACAAUCGAGAGCUGUCAACUGCUCUGUCUGCUAGGAAAUCACACUUGAAAAGUAGAAGACUAAAGUACUUGACAAAGAAUUAUGCGAUCGCCAUGGCUUGUGAAGACGCUAUUAUGGCAACCAAUGAUGAUGCUGCCCAGUGUAAACGUUUUGCGGUAGAGAAAGGAUAUUGGGUUGAUCCGUACAUAUCGCUUCUCGUGCCAAAAGGCAAAAGCAUUCAUGCACCCGAAAUUAACAGAGGUUACUAUGCACGCGUUAUGGGCAUCAGAAAUCUUAUCCAGAAAUUUGUUGAGAUAACACAGAAGGAAUGCCAGAUAGUGAGCCUUGGAGCUGGAUUUGACACCACCUACUGGUGUCUAAAAGACAAAGGAUUAAAUCCGAAGAGAUACGUUGAGGUUGAUUUUCCAGCAGUGACUUCAAGGAAGUGUCAGCAAAUAAAAAGCAAGAAAGCAUUGCUGGACAAGCUUGUCACAGAGGAUGAAGAUAUAAUGGUUAGUGCCUAUGAGGUGCAUGCUGGCGAUUACCACCUUGUGUCAGCAGACAUACGCAACAUUGAAGAGUUUGAGGCAAAACUUGCAGCUUGUGGCAUUGACAAAUCUCUUGCUACUUUGUUCAUUGCUGAAUGUGUCCUUGUUUAUAUAGAGACUAAGUUCACAAACCAGCUUCUAAAGUGGAUAUCACAGCAUUUUCCGACUACGAUGUUUAUCAAUUAUGAACAGGUAAAUAUGGGGGACAAGUUUGGCCAAGUGAUGAUGGACAACCUCAAGGCUCGUGAGUGCUUCUUGCAUGGGGUUUCUGCGUGUGCUAGCCUGGAAACACAGAAAGCUAGGUUCCUAUCACAAGGAUGGACAGAAGCAACAGCAAUGGAAAUGAUUAAUGUCUACAAACUCCUUCCUCAUGCGGACCUUCACAGGAUUGAGAGACUGGAGUUUCUGGAUGAACGAGAAUUGCUGGAACAGCUAUACAGCCAUUACUGUUUGGUCUGGGCUUUCCAGGAUGGUGCAGGAGUGGGACUGCAAACCAUUGCUGUUGGCUGAUCACCACUGUUCUUUUCAAUGCAGCUUCUGCUUUUUGCGCAAUUUGAAUAUUCCAGCCUUCAAGACUUUAUGUAUCCAAGGCUUGCAAGCUCGUAUUAAUUGACUGGAAUGUGACAUUUGUUAGAUGUGGAUAAAGCAGCAUGAGAAAGAAAUUCCUGCCAGUACUGUCUCAUGCUCAUGCUCAUGCAUAAAACAUCAGUCAUCCAACAGUGUGCUGUUUGGUAGCAAAAGUGUUGGCAGAAAAACAAGGCAAUGAGAGGAAACAAAUGAUUUGUCAUUAGGAAAUGAAUUAACACUUUCAUAUUUUGUUUAUCCUCAAGAUUUGUGAAGGGAUAUGUGAUUAACACUGAAAGUGUUUGUGGAGUUUCUAUCUAAUGUGGUUUCAAAAAGUGCAUGCACACACACUCUCUCUCUCAUGUGCAUUGAAUAGUGUGAGCUUAUAAAUAUUUAGUAUGUUCAAGAACAAUGCACUGUUUGUAUGUUUGGAUGUGCAGUAAAAGCUCUAAACCUCAACUGCUGCUGUCUUUAAAAUUGGCAGAUUUUUAUGACAUGCCUUGCAGCUUUGUUCAGUCAGCAUGUGAUCUCUACUACCAAAGUAAUCAAAAUGCCCUUGGCAUUGAAAAUCUAUUGGUUGUGACAAUAGCAUCAAUUCUGAGGCUGUUAACAUUACAUGUAGGCACUCUUGACAUUGUGUCGCUAUUGAAAUCUUCAAAUCUAACUUCUCAUGUUGUGGACUUACAUGACGGAAUAAGCCUUUACACCUGGUUUUUUUAAUUUUUUUUUUACCUGGCAUCCAAAUACUCCAAAUUUGCAUUUUAAGCUCAAUCAAGAAUAAUGUUAUGUUAGUUCCUUACAGUUUGUAGCUUCUUGCUCAUUCACUGUGUAAACAUUUCUUUUAAACUAUCAACUGUUUGAUUAAACUGUAAGAGUUAAGGCAGAGUGAAAUCUUUAUUACCUUUGACGUAUUGGAUUAGUGAAAUAUUGCAAGAUCUGGAUAACUAAGAGUUGCUGUUUCUCAGCUUGUGUAAUUCAAGCUUCAGCUGUUAUAUCACUGUUAUCGUGUGUUAUAUAUUCUUUUGAAUCUUUAUUACUUUUCUCCUGACAGCCUCAGAGUAGUCUUUUACUUUUAACUGAUUUGUUGCCCGUAAAGCUGUAGCAUUAAAAGAGAAAGAUUAGAACUGUGUUUGGUGUUUAGUAGACAUGCAGUACAUAUUGUGAGAGAUAGUAACUAGCUCAGAAUUAACUCUGCAAUUAAUCUGUAGAAACUAUAGGCAUUGAUUUUUAAAUGUAAGCUAUUGUUUGAUGAUAGUAAUACUUUAGAAAGAGAUAUUAUAUGUGUGCCAUUUUGUCAAUAUGCCAGUGGCAGAUUUAAGGUAUCAAAGAGGGCCUUAUGUAUCUGCAGCAAAAGUUUCUGUAACAAACUAGAGUGUGUUUUAGGGUUUUGCUAGCAGUGUUAUCACAGGGCUGCUCACAGACAAGGAAAAUGUAUUAGCAAUGUACUAACAUUGCUGCACACAUAGCUGUCCUUGAAAAAAAUGAACCUGAUACUAAUAGCUGAUCUAUACAUCCUAGUCAUGAACAAUGUGAUGUCCAAAGUAAUUUUAUAUUAUAAAAAAUCUGGUUCACUGACAUGACAAUCAGUGUUGCAUUGUAAUAGCCUUUCUGUAUUUCUUUCUGCUAGACAGGACCUUAUAAAACUAUCAUUUCUUCUGACAUUCUGUAUAUGCAGUUUCAGUACAUGCCAUUUUUUAAAAUAAGAAACCUAGGCCUAUGAAGAAUCUUAAUCACAAAGACUGCAUGAAAAUCCAUUGUAAUUGUUAAAGACAUUUUGUAAACUAAACCUAGGCAUAAAUAAACCUGUUGUUCCAAAAUCAAGAUUUUUUUCCAAGAAUAAAUUUCAUACUUGACAUGUUGGUUACUCAGAAUUGCUUGAUGCAUUUUGUGAAACUCGCUAAACUUUACAUGCUUAAUUCAGCCUCAGCAUGUAAGAUGUAAUUUACUGUUGCUUUAUAUUAACGACUUGGGCAGAAGGGAAACAUACCAAAGAAUUAUUCAGAAGAAUUUUGUAGAUUGUUUAAUGAUUUAAAUGUGAUUAUGAUGUUUUAUGCUGAAUUCUUCAAUAUGUGUCUGUAAUCACAUUCACAUGUUUUAUCAAAGUAGUUUGACAUCAUUCUGUGUUAUUUAUGAGUUGCCUGUGAUGGCCUGCUAAUAUGAUUAUGCUGCAGAGUAUGUAUAGUUAUGCCAGCAUGGCUGCAGACCUGACAAUGUGUAUUAAAUUAUAUAUGAUUGUGCAUACUAGGGUAUUUUCACCUCUUGUGUAAGGAUACUGGAGAUAUAAUGUUAUGUUCCUUUAUGUUCCAUUAUGACAAGUAAACAAACAAACUUUCAGUAGGGAAUGAAAGUUUGGCUUAACAAGUAUAGCUUGGCCUUGCAUAACCGACCUGCAAAGUUUGGUGUAAAUGGAGUAUUUAGCUUUCAUUUGUUGUGUUAUUUUUUUUAUUGUUAUGUUCCAUUGCAGUUCUUUUUUAUUUAUUGUUGUUACUGUAUGUGGAAGCAUUAUCAUUCUAAUCACUGUGUUGUUCCUUCUCACAAGAGCAUAACAUAAAUAUAUUUCUUGUUCUCUUUCAUGUUUUCUCAUUGUAGCUUCACCCAUCUGCUUACCUAAAGCUCUAUCCCUUUGACAGAACUUCUUUACAAGGCCAGUGUCACUUUCUUGACUUUCUGUCUAGAUAAUCAUUCCAAACUUACAUUGUGCAAUCACAGGCCGACAACAGAUAUGCAUGCACAGAGGUUGCACAUAAAUCCUGAAACAUGUUACAAUCGUUCCUUCUGUUGGUUGUUUUUUCCGUAAAAAUAGAAGACCGGGGAGAUUCUUUCAUGCAUGCGUUUAUGUGGUACCCUCAAAAUAGCCAUUAAAAACUUUAAUUCAACCUAUAAGACGCAAAGGCUAAGCAUGUGGUGGAAAUGUCGUGCUGGUGGCCCAUGCCUGCGGAGUUUAUAGAAUAGUCAUCUGACCAGAAAGUUGAGAUCAUAACAGAAGGGGGUUUGAGCAUGACAUAUUUUGGCAGGGUUUGGGAUGUCAUUAGGAAGUCUACCAAAAUUCAUGCCAAUUGUGUGUGCAGGUUAUGCUUAGUAUUUUAUAAGCAUGAAAGUCAGUAGAAAUGAAGAUCACCGGAAGGGCGAUUUCAUCAUAAAAUGGUUAUGUUCUUACGCCUUUAGCUGCUGGCACGACACAACACUAUAGUUGCUUCCCCUCUCUUGCCCUUGCUCCCUUCCUACUUGGACGACCGCUGACAUCUAUCAUCGGUGCGACGAUUUCACCGCAAAAAAAUAAAUCUCCUUUAUACUUUUAUAUGCUUUAGAAAUAAAAGAUUGUCUGUGUG